AAUCCCCGGGGAUUUGGCUGUAUUCAGUCUAAGUAAUUCAGUUACAACGUUAAUUGAUUUAUUGUGAUUUGUGUGGAAAUAAUGAGUGGUAAUCGGGGGCAGUUACCGGAUUCUUCCUCUUCACCCCCAAUCAAUAUGCAGUUUGGUGGAUACAGUGCUGGGGAACUUUCAGAAGAAGAAGUUUCAGAUCUUCCGAGUUGUGCGUUUGCAACUCGGCAAACAUCAACUUCGAAUUUGCAACACCAUUAUUUAUCAACAUUACAUCACAAUCCAGACAGCGGUCAAUGUGGAGGUAGCUCUCUCGCCAACUCCGACUAUUACGGCACCUCUCCCUACCGAGUCCAAAGACACGCAGCCAACAUCAGGGAGCGGAAAAGGAUGCUGAGGUCUGCUAUUGGACCCACCGGCAGUAUCAACUCUGCAUUCGACGAGCUGAGAAUGCACGUCCCGACUUUCCCAUACGAGAAAAGACUAAGCAAAAUCGAUACUUUGAGACUGGCUAUUGCCUACAUUGCGCUACUGAGGGAGGUUUUAACCGCUGACUGCGACCCUCUGACUUAUGUGGAGAGGUGUCUGAGGGGCGAAAUCAAAGCCGAUAGAGCCAAUUGGAACACCAGUGAUCUGACGGCACGCCUGUCUUGGAUCAAUUGGGAAAAUCUCGGGGUCAGUCCGAAUAGGAGGAGCGCACUAACUUCGCUAGCACUAACCUCCGACAACAUCAACCACUAAUAAAUCGCCCAAAUUACGCUUCUGUGCAAUAUUAUUUUGUAAAUAAAAAGAAUAUGAUUGAAAAA